GGCCGCGCUUCAUGAAAUUUUUCAUAGCUGCAUCUCGCUCGCGAAACACACUUCUUUCAUCAUUUACGACGAGACUUGUAAUUCAUCUUUAUAUAUAGAUUUUCGUCAAUUCUCGCGGAGCGGCUUCACACGCACGACACGCAACACAUCGCAACAUUUAUCAUUUGGACGGCAAUUAUAUAUACUCGAAGCACAGCUUCGUAUUUUUUUUUUUAUCCGAGAGACGAGAUUGUAGCGACACUUUUACAACAAACUUGUUUAAAUAUUAUUGCAAUAAUAUCGAUAUUCCAAUAAUCACCUUCCGUCCGAUAAUACCGUCGAUUCAAUCGCAGAUUGUUGUACAAACAUAUUUGUCUUCGGUCCAAUUCAAGGCUCGAAACUUUUCCGUCGCCAUCGUCAUUGAGCAUCCCCGUGGGAUAAAAUCGUUGAGCCGCAGGCGCGACAGCCGCAGUCAACCCCCUGAGUCUCCCCGGCGUAGGUGUUGUCCGAGCGCGACCGAGUCGAAACAUGGAGAACACGUGACCGUGACAGAGUGACGGGACACGAGGAACGAGAGUGCGAGAGGAAGAGAUAAGUACCGCGAGUGAGCGCGGGGCCGCGGGAGUGAGUUCGGGACGAGAACGAAAAAGCGAUGCCAAGGGCCGCGAGGACGACCAAGUCGAAACGGUACCGUGCGACCCGCGAUUGAGGUCACUGAGUUCGCUCGUAGCCGCUUGGUGCUUAGGCGUUCGCCAAUUGCGCGGGCAGUCGCGACGACCCGGUCGAGGCGAAGAUGAAGAACAACUCGAGCAACUCCAAUCACGAGAAGAACGGGCCGGAGAACCUGAAGCUGCUGCGGGUGCCGGCGACGCCGCCCGCGACGCCGUCGUCGCCCACGACGCCGACCAGGGGCCUCGAGGACGUCUUCAGGGAGCUGCCGAUCACCGACGACACCUCGUGCGGCAUAUGGUGCUUCAGGGGUCCGAUUCUGCAGAAGUUUGCCAACAAGAAGGCGUACGUCUUCCUCUACGGUGUCCUCGGCUGCAUAUUCUCCGCCAGUUAUGCAUACUUCAACGGCACCAUCACCACCAUCGAGAAGAGAUUCAAAAUACCUUCGAAGACGACGGGUCUCAUCACAGUGGGUAACGACAUCUCGCAGCUUUUCGUAUCCGUCGCUCUGUCGUAUUACGCAGGAAGGGGUCACAGGCCUCGAUGGAUCGCAUUCGGUAUUUACACCGUCGUACUUUUCUGUUGCUUAACGAUGCUGCCGCACUUUCUUUACGGCCCCGGCGAGGACGCUCUGUCGCUGACUAAGGAAUACGGGGCGAAGCCGCGAACGCUGAAUACAAGCGACAUUCCCGACAAGCAUCGGAAGUCCCUCUGCUUGGGCAAAGAAAAUCGCGGGACCGACUGCGAGGUCGAGGACGGGAACUUCGCGCCGCAAGUGUUACUCUUUAUAGCCCAGCUGGUGUCCGGCGUGGGCGGCUCCCUUUACUACACCCUCGGGGUGUCGUACAUGGACGACAAUAUACAGAAAUCGAAAACGCCGGCGCUGAUCAGCUUUUCGUACUUCCUAAGGAUGCUGGGACCCGCUAUCGGCUACGGACUCGCCUCGUUCUCCUUGAAGUUCUACGUCAGCCCGACUCUGACUCCGACCAUCACGACGCAGGAUCCCAGGUGGCUGGGCGCCUGGUGGCUUGGAUGGAUUAUCCUGGCCAUCCUGCUCUUCAUUUUCGCAAGCAUCGUCGCUCUCUUCCCGAAGACCCUGCCGAGGGCGGCCGCUCGCAAAGUUCUCGCUCUGGAGCGCAACAAAUCCGCCGCCAGUAUCAAGGGCGAGCAAGAAUCGGAGCUGCCGGCGUCAAUCUCGGACAUGUUGAGAACGUUUAAGCGCUUACUGACAAACACGACGCUAAUGUGCAACAAUAUGGCGACGGUCUUCUAUUUCAUAGGCUACAUGCCUUACUGGAUUUUCAUGCCGAAGUACAUCGAGACCCAGUACAAGCAGUCGGCGUCGGUCUCGUCGCUGAUCACCGGCACGGUCGGCCUGGUGUUCAGCGCCUUCGGCAUUCUGCUGUCCGGCUUGAUCAUCUCCAAGUACAAGCCGAAGGCUCGAUAUCUGGCGGCGUGGAACGUCAUGAUCGGCAUUAUAUCGGUGCUGGGAAUGGUCUCUUACGCUUUCCUCGGCUGCUCGGCGAACGAUAAUCAGAUUGCCAUUCAGCCGAACGGCGUCCUGAAAACGCAGUUACCUUGCAACGAGCACUGCCACUGCGAUUACGUCGAAUAUAAUCCCGUGUGCUCCGAGCACGGGCAAACAUACAUAUCCGCGUGUCACGCUGGCUGCCGCAGCAUGAAGCUUUUUAACAAUGCGAGUAAAAUUUAUACGGACUGCAAUUGCGUAAAACCAAAGAUGAGCCGCUCUCUGGCGCAGCCGUUCACCAACAUUACCUUUCCAUUCACCACCGAGCCCUCUUUGGAGACGACCGAGUCCACCAUAGAAGGAAUUUUGGGAACGGCUGUUCCGGGUUCGUGUCCGGUCGACUGCAUGCACAAGUUCUACAUCUUUCUGGCGGUCGUGUGUCUGCUGAAGUUCAGCGGCGCGACCGGAAGAGCGUCAAAUUUUCUGGUUUCCGUAAGAUGCGUCGACGAGAAGGACAAAACGGUUGCCAUGGGCUUCGGAUUAAUGAUAAUGAGCCUUCUAGCCUUCAUCCCGUCGCCCAUUUUGUUUGGAUUUAUAUUAGACAAGACUUGUCUUGUGUGGGGUAAAACGUGCACGGGAACGGGAAAUUGCUGGCUAUAUAACGGCGAGGCGUUGAGGUAUUUGCUGAACUUCACCGCAGCCAGUUUCGUCUCAAUCGGCACGCUAUUCGACAUGGGCGUUUGGUAUUUCGUCAAAGACGUGAAGAUCUUUGACGAGGAGAUUGAACUGGAGGACAUAGCCGAGGAGCCUGGCGAGACGCACUGAAGAACGAUUAUCGAUGAUGAAGUUUAACCUUUCCUUCGGAGAGCGUGUGCGUUACGCGAAGGGAAAGCUCGGAUCGGGAAGCGAGAAGGAUCGAACAAAGAAACGCGAAGCGAGAACCGCGAAAUAAAGACUUUUACAAGUACCUUAAGCACCUGCUUAGAUAUUUAAAGUUCGUAGUAACCUAGAUAGAAUCGAUUGUUGGCAAAUCAUCCAUUGGUGUUCGCAAGAGGAGCAACGAUCGAUGUUUUAUUAAUUUCAAUUUAAUUAUUUUUAUCGCUGCAACAGCCAAAUUUCGUAACUCGUUGUAGGUACGACGUGAACACUUGCUUUAUUUAGAAACUCAUGUUUGAAUGAAAAAUAACGAUCUUGAAAAAAAAUGCCGAUACGUAUACGAUAAGUAUACGUACACUCCGUACACAUCGCUUACACUGUCAAUGAUAAAAAUAAUUCGUUAGUGUGAAUUAUCUAUAAAGAUAAUUGUACAUAUAAUGAUUAUACUUUGAAUUAGUAAAUUAGUAAGAAAAAAACAUUGUAAUUUAUCUAUUCAUGAUAAAUACAUAUAAUGUAUCUACGCCCUGUUCGAAUAACGAGUUACCUACGUUGAAAAUACUUAUUUCUUACAGCAUUGUACCACUAAAAAGUAUACUACUAAAAAAAUAACAAGAACAUACUACUAAUAUAUAAACAAAGUAACA